AUCUCGUUUCCAUUCAUCCCCCCUUCACUUUCUUUCUUUCUUUCUUUCUCCUCUAAACCCUAGAUUGAAACCCAUGGUCUCUCUCGCGUUCAGCUCUGCAAUUCUGACUAAUCCGCCGCAGGAUUCCUCGCGGAGCUCGGCUCGCGGGAUCCAUCGAUGAGGAAUCUCGCUCCCCGCGGAUUUAUCGCGAUAGGCCGGGCCGGAGAUGGCGAUGAGCAGUCGGAGAGUAAAGUGACUCCUUUUUUAUCUGCAUCUGGCUCGAUUAGAGGACAUGCUUCAUAGUGUUAGUAUUUUGCUGCUUUUGUGGGAUGGAAGCAAGUUCCGUGAAGGAGAGCAAUUAUAGAGGGGAAAAUAUUCUUAUUCCCCAGUCUAGCCUUUCACAAAUAGAACCAAGACUCAUUGAGGCAGCUGCAGCUGAUGGUGUUCAAGGAACAGAAACUUGUGACCAUUUUUCCAUUCGAGGAUAUGUUGCUGAGAUUCGUAAGAAAGACCCAAAGAUAUGUUGUCCAUUCCCUAUGUUUCAUGGUCAAACAUCUGAUAAACAUAUCGGCCUCCUUCCUCCUCUUCCUAUGACUAAAUUUAGACGGUGGAAUUGCCAAAACUGUCGGCACAAAGCUAUUAAUUGUGCUGUAACAAGAGCAAAUGAAGCUCCUUCUGAUAUUCAGAAUGCUGAAGUAAAAAGUGGCACUAUUUUUCUUGGAAACACCUUCAUUACUCAUGCCAAUGAUAAAGAGAUGCUUCCAGGCUUUCAUCAACUACCUGAAGAGAAAAUUGUAGAUGGAGGGCUAACUGAAGCUGGUAGUUCUGUUAAUGCGCCUAAUCGUGAAUGUUGCCCAGCAGCAAAUUGUGACAAGAGUACAAAGAACUAUCUAACAGGCGCAGCCACAGAAGGUUUGCAGGUAGCCAAAGCUAGCCAAGGUAGCUAUGAAGGGAUUCAAAAUCCAUCAAGUGACAAGCUUGCUUAUGUUGAGACAAAAGAUGAAGCAUGCCACAUGGGAGGAAGAGGAGAAAGAAAUGCCACAUCAACAGCAAACACUUUGGAAGCUUUGUAUUUUGAGGACAUGGUAAAUGCUAAAUCAAAGGAAACUGAAAUACUCAAUAAAAGAACCGAUUUCAGGAUGGUUGCUAGUCCUGCUUGUAUUGAUAGUAUGGUACAUGGGGAGAAAGAUGAACAAUUGGUUAGGGAAAUGGGCAAGAUGAAACAACAAUUUAAUAAAGCAACCAGAGAAACUGAAGCACCACUAGAAAAAAAUAUUGCUGUGCCACAAGUUGAUUCUCAAACUGCUGUUGCAGCUCAUCUUUCUGAACUGGACUCCAAGGGAUUGGAUGAAAAUGAUGAUGAAACAUCUGACAUUAAUGUAACUUUGCCUCAAGAUACUGUCCAAAGUCGAAAUGGUGCCAUGGAAGUGGGCUUCUCUGAUGGAAAUCUGCAACAUAAAAAGGCUAGGAAGAUUCGUCUGUUAGAUGAGAUCAUGAGAACUAAGGUGUUGGACUCAUCUGGUGAGGUUCAUAUUUCUGAUGGUAGUGAAGAUGGCAAUCAAAUUGAGGACAGAAUUGUCAGAAGGCCACCUACAUCGAGAAGGAAAGAUCCAGAACUUGGUCCUGAAAUUCAUCAUGCUUCCCACAAAAAAACCAAAGUAAAGUCAUUCAAGGGUAAGAGGAGAUUUAUAGAUUUUGAAAAUUUAGAUGAUGGGUCAUCUCUAAUGUACUGGAUAAAGAAAGCACGUAAUGAAGCCAAGACAAAGAGGAGAUAUAAGCACAUUGAUGCUGCAGCAGAUGCCUCAGCUGAAAAUAGGUUAGUCAAUAGCCUCAAAGUCUGUGGGGCCAAAGAACACAAGCAAAAUGCUAUUGGGAUGCAAAGGGCAAUGCAUCAGAGCUGCCUCAUGCCCGAACAAGAAAAUUUGACUAACAAGGACAUUUUUAUUGCUGAUGGUAAAGCAACCAAACAAGUGCAUGCCAAGACAAUCCAUUCUAAAUCGAAAAGAACCAUAAAAACUGGGAGGAGCUUGCUUCAUUGUCCAAGUACUCGUAGCAACACCAGUGAAAAGGUUACCUUGAGAAAGAAGAGAAAGGAGUAUCAUAUUGACAAUGAAGAAUCAGGAAAGAUGCACUUGCCGAAGGGGCAGAAAAAAGUUACAGAAGAGCAAGAAACCGCACGGACAUGUGAGCAGGAAGCUUUAGAUGACAUCCCAAUGGACAUAGUUGAACUCUUGGCCAAAAAUAAACAUGACAGACGGCUGAUGAAUGCUAAGGCUGCUAUGGCUGACACACAUGAUGUAUUGGAAAGGACUGAAAUCAUGGAGGAUAAUCAUGUUCUGGAUGUCAAUGAAGGCCAUGGAGACAAGGUACUUGGUGCACUACAUGAGAACCUUUCCCAGCGAAAAACUGUGUGGAAUAAUACAGGAAAUAGUGUUUGGACUGCUGUCAGAAGUGACAAGAAUGCUGAUGAAAGCAUGAAAUUAUCGGACUAUGCUACCAGCCAUGGCAGAAAAAAUGAUUACAUAAAUCUAAAUCAAGAAGAACUUGUUAGUGCCAGUACGGGAUCCCUAACACCUUUGCAAUGCAGAGGUCAUCCUAGUCUUCCUAUGACUGAUUCAAAGAAAAAUUGCCAUUUGCAACAUCACAGCUGGAACAAAGUGGGGAUGCAGACAUCAGCAUCAUGCCAUAAAGGUCAGGACAUGUUAGGUCAGGAUACAUUCAGAAAUGCCCUGGGUGAGCCAUCAAUGCUACUAAGCAGAACACCCUUUGGAAUAAAUACUGAAAAGGUUAGUGCUGAUUACAGUCAUAUGAAUAUGUUUGGCUAUAACACCUUACUUCAAGAAAAACCAAUGACAGUUGCACUCAAUAUUGAUCAUUCGAAAACAACGGACCAAGCUAAAAUUCACAUCCAGAAUAGGAAAGAGAGUGCUGAAUUCUCAGUUCACAACAGAAGCUUCGCAGCAGUGACAUCUUUUGCAGAGCUAGGAAAUACAUCUAAUUCAGAAACGGUGAGACCACAAGAUCUAUAUACAAAUGAAAGCAUACCAGCAAUGCAUUUGCUCAGGCUGAUGGAUUCAGCAAAAUGGUCAGGCAUGUCUCUUCAAGAUUUGCCAAAUAGAAACCAUAAAGGAACCCUUUGGGAGCCUGAUCUUUCUUCUACUGGUCAAUAUGAAAAGGAAAUGAUUGGCUUAGGACCUAUAGGUAAAAGUAAUCAGGCCGCACACCCUCCAUUGGUAGUUCAACAUCCUAAUCAAGUUCAGCAUCAAGAAAUUUCUUGCAAACCUUACCGUCCGCUUCCAAGAGUUGGUGUAUAUGGGUCUUUGUUGCAGAAGGAAAUAACAAGUCCUCCGGACAAUUCGGGAACUUUCAGAAUCGGAUGUUCCAGCAAAAUGACAUCUCUUGAAGCUAGUAGAAAGGGUAAUUCUGAUCUUUCAUACUCUGCAAAUAAGGCUGGAGUACUGAAUGCCCUGAUUUCUAUUUCUAGAAAUGAGAAUUCCGAAAGCCCUUUUUCUGUGGUAAAUUCUAAUGUGCAUCGUGGAUGGUAUUCUGCAAGGAAUGAUAUAACUGGUGUAGGGAUCAGCAGUAAGGGAGCAGCAGUUCAGCCCCUGAAUAACCGUUGUGAAAAGGAAAUAUGUCUUAUUAACAGAAAUCCUGCUGACUUUACCGUAGUAGAUGAGAACAAUGAAUAUAUGAUAGAGAGUGAUAAUAUAUGGCCUAGACCUACAACCCCUACCGUGAACCCACAAAGUAUAGUUCAUCCUAAUGGACAAAGAAGGCAGAAAGUGAGGAGAGUUACUGCUUUAAAUGGGAAAAUGAGAAGCUGAUUUCUUUUCUGUGAGGCAGAUCUCAGUGUCAAGCAUUCUCCUAUCUCCAGGAACUUCUUAAAAGAUAUUCUGAAGUUCUACAGGACACUUUGCUGAUUCUGGUACGCAUGCUGCAGGCUUGACGCUGGAAGGUGCAAGAAGGGACAUGGGCGUGGGUGAUAAUUUGUUGUGUGCUCUGACCUUAAAUAAAGUUUUCCAACUUUCAGUGGUUUCUGGCAGCCCAAUGACCUUUCUGUCUUGGUUAAUGUGCAAAAAAUAAUAAAACUGGGUGCCAUCAGUCAAUUUCAAACAGGAAACAAUCAACUCUUGUGAUCAUAAAUUGGUUAAGGUAGGGAUUGUAAACAUGGAUCUGUCUGUGUGCUGCUGUUGUACCUAAUAUAUUGGCUCAAAGGUUUUCAAAUGUGAUCAUGACUUCUUUCUUGGGUAUAUGUAUAUAAAACAAUGCAAGAUAUGAGAGCAGUCUUCCAGUUC